UUUUCUGCAUUGGGUGUAAUAUGCAGAGUGACCUUAAGAUUUUUAGAGUUACACUGAUACUUGAGUAUGUUGUGGUGUUCGUAAAUUUGCAGGAACUUUUUCAAGUAAUAAGGAACUGAAUAUCUUUACCAUAUAUAUAAUGUUGUCAACCCAGUCAGUAGCGUGGUUAUCUCGAACUAAUGCUAUAAGUCUAAAAUGUGCUUAUCGAGGACUCACUGCCAAUUCACAGUGUACUUCGAGCAUUGAAAUGUACCGUUUCCGAUCGCAUGUCCUUCAACAAAAAGAGGCUAAAUUAGCCAAAUAUGGUGGACGUCAGAUGGUGACGUUACUUCCAGGCGAUGGUAUUGGGCCAGAAAUGAUGAACCAUGUCAAGCAUAUUUUUGACCAUGCUGAUGUUCCGGUGGACUUUGAGGAAACGCCGUUAAGCUCUGAUAUGACUCAUCUGGAUACUGAUAUGGAAUAUGCUUUGUUAUCGACCCGGCGAAAUGGAGUAGCCCUAAAAGGCAACAUUGAAACUAAAUUUGAUGUUCCACAGUUUAAGUCAAGGAAUGUUGAAUUGAGACGACGUUUGGAUCUUUAUGCCAAUAUUUUGCACUGUGUAAGCAUACCUUCAAUUCCAUCGCGACACAACGAUUUGGAUAUAUUAGUCAUAAGAGAGAAUGUAGAGGGCGAAUAUUCUGGACUUGAACAUGAGGCCAAGAAAGGAGUCGUUGAAAGUCUGAAGAUUGUAACACGUACAAAUAUUGAACGUAUUGCUCGUUUUGCAUUCGAAUAUGCGGUGACCUACAAAAGGAAGAAAGUUACAGCAGUUCAUAAAGCUAAUAUACAAAAAUUUGCAGAUGGUUUAUUUCUAAGAGUAUGUAAGGAAAUAGCGGAAAACGAAUAUCCACAUUUGCAGUUCGAAUCGAUGAUUAUUGAUAAUGCAUCGAUGCAGCUCGUUUCUCGCCCUCAGCAAUUCGACAUUAUACUUUUACCUAACCUUUACGGCAACAUAAUCUCGAACAUAGCUUGUGGCCUUAUUGGUGGAGCAGGAUUAGUGUCGGGUGUUAACGUUGGUUCCAGAUAUGCUGUUUUUGAAACGGGGACGAGAGGCAGUGGCACUAAAAUAGCUGGCAAAAAUAUUGCAAAUCCGACUUCCUUUAUUCGAGCUAGCGUAGAUAUGCUGAAAUAUUUGGGACUGGAUAAUUACGCAGAUCUGAUCAGUGAUUCCUUGUUUACUGUACUCACAGAGCGAAAUCUGCACACCGCUGAUAUUGGAGGUACGGCUAAGACAAGCGAUGUUGUGAGCGCAACAAUGGAAAUAAUGGAUCAGCUGAGGGACAAAUAUAUUUAGUGAGGAUUGCUUCAAAUAAUCGGUGACAAAGGUAUCCACUGUCACCUUUAAAAGCAAAUUCAUUUAAUUUCAGCUGAAUGAGUUCCGUGCAUUAAUUUUCAUAGUGGUCUGACAUGGAUACUUUUCUUUUGCAUGAGAUAUCUAGUAUCAGUCAUUCAUGAGUAAUAUAUUUUAUAUUAGAUAACUUAAUGAAAGUCUUUGUUUCGCUCAGGUUUUUGAGCUAGCGAAUGUUUGGUCAGUGAAUCACUGGUAGCUUACGUUUAGAGUUUGUAGAAUUCUUUGACCGU